GUCAGAGGUCACAUGAUCCAUGAAGUUAUGGUGGACAAAAUAGUGAUUGCCAAACACCUUUUCUCUGUCACUUCUCUUUGACGUUGUCAGUUAGAAAAACAAAUUUGUAUGAUAUCUAUAUAAUGGGAGAAGCUGCUUCAGCCACAUCCAACGGUGCACAGUACUCACAGCUUCAGUUGACAGUAAACUCAGCUAAGAUCACAGGCAGUGGUGGUGUUUUUUCCUCCAAACCCGAUCCAUUUGUAGAAGUCUCUGUUGAUGGCCAGCCUCCACGCAAAACUGAUGUCCAGAAAAAGACCACAAACCCAAAGUGGGACGACGACUUUACUCUGUUGGUUACCCCCUACUCCCGGCUAGAUGUCCGAGUCCAGAGUCAGAACACCAUCAGAGCCCCCUCCCUCCUGGGACAGGCCUCGAUAGAACUGUACAAUAUGCUUCUGGAAGCUCAAGGCAAAUUAAGUAAUAUAACAAAGUCUUUUGAGAUCAAACUUGAUGGAAAAGGAAAAACUGGGGAAGUCAGUCUAAGUUUCAAUGGGAUGGAAGUCAACAUGACCCGAUUUCCUAAGAGAAACGAGAGGAGACAGACCAAUGCUAGUCGUAAUGAAAGAAGAAAUAAAGGACAAGUUUCCAGUAAUUCAAAUGCCUCUGGGUCCAGGAACAGGAGGGGCCCUCCUGUACCUCCUCCUCCCAAACGAAAUACCCAGUCAGGGGGCACAGCCAGCUCUAGCAAUCAGGCCACACCAUCAGCCGCUGCAAGUUCUUCAGGUACAACACCAGUAGCACAACAGAAUGGGUCAGUGCCUGUAGCAAAUGGUACAGCGGGAGCAACUUCUUCAGAGGAGGGAAAUACGGGUCCUGCAGGAAGCCCCACCCAGGCCCAGCAAAAUCAGUCCACUAGUACCGAACCACUCCCAGCUGGUUGGGAGAUGAGAACUGAUGCUCAUGGACGUAGUUAUUAUGUUGACCACAACACACGCACCACUACAUGGGAGAGACCACAGCCACUUCCUCCAGGGUGGGAGAGACGCGUGGACCCCCGUGGCCGUGUUUACUACGUAGAUCACAACACACGAACUACAACGUGGCAAAGGCCCAACACUGACAUGUUAAACAAUUACAGCGCGUGGCAGGACCACCGCAAUAAUCGUAACAUUGCUUUGGAACACUUACAGAACCGGUUUCUGUUUCCACAAGCCCCAACUGCGGCCCCCGAUAAUGAUCCGCUUGGACCUCUACCUGAGGGAUGGGAGAAACGUAUAGAUCCCAAUGGGCGUGUCUAUUUUGUGAAUCACAAAAACAGAACAACACAAUGGGAAGAUCCCAGGACACAAGGAAUUAUACAGGAGGACCCGUUGCCUGAGGGCUGGGAGAUGAGAUAUACCGCUGAUGGUGUGAGAUACUUUGUAGAUCAUAACACAAAGUCAACAACAUUCCAAGAUCCCAGGGGAGGGCAGGGCAAAGGACCUAAGGGAGCCUAUGGAGUGCCUUUACAGUAUGAGAGAAGUUUCCGAUGGAAGCUUGGACAGUUCCGAUACCUGUGUACCUCCAACGCUCUCCCAGGCCAUGUCAAAAUCACAGUGUCCAGGGAUAAUCUAUUUGAAGAUUCAUUUCAGCAGAUAAUGAGACUACAGCCUUUUGAUUUGAGGAGGAGACUAUACAUUAUAUUUAAGGGAGAGGAGGGCUUAGAUUAUGGUGGCGUGGCAAGAGAAUGGUUUUUCCACCUGUCACAUGAUGUUCUGAACCCUAUGUACUGUCUGUUUGAGUAUGCCAGCACUAAUAACUACUGUCUACAGAUCAAUCCAGCCUCGAGUGUUAACCCUGAUCACCUGGUAUACUUCAGGUUCAUCGGCAGGUUCAUUGCCAUGGCACUUUAUCAUGGAAAGUUUAUAGACAGUGGGUUUACACUACCCUUCUACAAGAGAAUGUUAAGCAAAAAAUUAUAUCUUAAGGAUAUAGAAACGAUAGACCCCGAGUUUUACAACUCUUUAGUAUGGAUAAGGGAUAAUGACAUCGAGGAAUGUGGACUUGAGUUGUACUUUACUGCUGACUUUGAGAUCUUGGGUAAAGUAGAACAACACGAUCUGAAAGAGGGGGGUUCUGACAUCAAAGUCACGGAGGAAAACAAAGAGGAAUAUAUAGACUUGAUGACGAAUUGGCGCUUCUCUCGUGGGGUGGAGGAGCAGAGCAAGGCAUUCUUGGAUGGCUUCAGUGAGGUGGUGCCCUUACAGUGGCUACAGUACUUUGAUGAGAGAGAGCUGGAGUUGAUGCUGUGUGGUAUGCAGGAGAUAGAUGUUGAUGACUGGGAAAGGAACACAAUAUACAGGCAUUACCAAAGAAACUCCAAACAGGUUGUCUGGUUCUGGAAGUUUGUAAGGGAUAUUGACAAUGAGAAGAAGAUUCGUUUACUGCAGUUUGUCACAGGAACGUGUCGACUACCUGUUGGAGGCUUUGCAGAACUAAUGGGGAGUAAUGGACCACAGAGAUUCUGUAUAGAGAAGGUUGGCAAGGAAACCUGGUUACCUAGGAGUCACACAUGCUUUAACAGACUAGACUUACCUCCUUAUAGAAGUUAUGAACAAUUAUUUGAAAAAUUAACAAUGGCCAUUGAAGAGACUGAAGGCUUUGGACAGGAAUAGACAUGAUUUAAAUAUGGAGACAGUCUUUCAGAUUAUACCUGGACCUUAAGGACCAUCGAUCACAAUGAUGGAGAAUUUUAAGAUGAUCUGUGAUCCCCUUUUUCCCAUUUCUGUCCUUGACAUUAUUUUUUGAAUGGUUAUUUGUUGUGGAAAUUUUUCAUUUCUUUUGCUAAAAUAAUGAUUUUUAGUAAUACAUGUAUUUCAUUUGAUUUUAAUUUUUAUUGCUGGAAAAAUUCUGUUUCAAUGAGAAGUGUAGGUUUUUUUUGUAGUGAGUUAAAGUGAAUAUACUUUGUUUUUAUGUAAUUAUUAUGCUGUAGAUUCCUGAAAGACUCUUCAUUUACUUGAGUUAAGAUUGUUUAUCUAUGUUAAAUUGUAAGAAUUUAUGAUAUAUGAUAGAGUUAACUUAAGUAAAGAAACACAGGGCAAUGAUUUAUGAUAGAGAUAAUUUAAGUAAAACCAAAAUUCAAUUCACUUCUCAUGAAAUAUACAAGAAUAAAUUUUCUGCUUUUGACGAAAAGGAAUCUACAGUAUUGCAGUCAUUUUUUUUAAAAUUGAUAAAAAUCUUACCGGUAUUUUUUUUAGGGUUUAUAAGAAACCAUGAAUAUAUAUGGCAUGUAGUUGACUGUGAGUCAUUUAUAAAACAUUGUUAAUCAUGGAUGCAUGUGUUCUGUGUGUGACUUGGAUCCCAGGCCUUUGGAAGGGGGAAUAUUAAUGUCUGAGGAGGAAGUCUUAGCUUAGUUUUGUUUAUUGUCUGGGAUUUUCCUUAGACCUUUUUAUUUGCAAAUGGAGCAUUUUAUAAAUGUUCCAAAUUAUUGACUGUGAUAGGUCAGAAACCAUACAGAUGGUCUUUAUAUAACAAAAUUAUUUUUUUGCUUACUUUCAAGAAAAAAUGUACAAAAAAAAGUUUGACAGUGGUCUAGCAUAUUCCUAGGUCUGUGUUCUCAAGAAAAGCAGAAAUUUAGUGAUAGAAUCCUUAAGAUCAUGGAUAGCUGAAUUCUUUUUGUUAUGAUUUGUUCAGUUUAAAUCCACAGUAAAUACGGAUUAGUGUAUGACGGAACAUGUUAACUUUUUCAGUAUUUCUGCAUGUGGUGUCUGGGUAUCUGUUUUUAGGCAUUCUUAAGAAGCUUUGUCCCAUUAAAAGAAGGAAUCAUGAAGUGUAUCUGGCACACUCAUUCCAGUAACAGGAGAGGGCUGAUAGAGGAGGCAUUGUGCCUGCUGCCUCAACUUAAAUUGUGUUAGCCUUAAGUAUGAUAAAGAACUGUUAAAAUUAAUGUUGAUGAUAUUUUGCCAUAAAUGUCACACAUAUUUAUUUUGUAUUAAGAUUGAUAUGAUUUGCAGUUUAAGUUAAAAUUAGAAAGACAAGUUAUCUACCCUUGGUACUCCAAGAUAAUGCAAGAUACAAGUUAUAUGUUGUGUAUUCUCUCACACCUCCCCUCCCAGUGUAAUAAAUUAUUUAUCUCAUUGCAAUCGGCUUGAAACAUGCAUUGUAAGUCUUCCUUGGAAUAAAAAAUGAUUUUUGUUGAAGAUGAAUUUACGAAUUAAAUUUCAAAAUCCUACAGAGACAUAUUUAAAAUAUUAGCAUUAUAUAAAGUUGUAUGUCAUGUUAUAUGAUACAUAUCCAUCUACAGUAGCCAGAGAAUCAUAGGACCACAUACCCUUACAAUUUGGUUUUUUUUUUGUUUUGGUUUUUUUGUCUAAGCAUGGAUGUGUUCCGAUCUUGUUGCAAUUGCAUUAAAAUUUGUUGUGACCUGUUAUUAUUUGUAAUGCAAUAUUGUCCAUUUUCUUUGAAUGAGUUGAUGUAAAAAUGUAUUCCAUUAUUUAUUACAGACGUUGUUACCAAGGCACAAAACAUCUCCAUAUUAACACUGAGAAAAUACACAUCAGUUUAUUGUUGGAAGAGUGAUCUUUCUUGUUGAACUUGUUUGUGUAUUUGAGCAUAUAGUCACAGUGAAUAUUGAUAGUACAUAUACAGAUAUAUCAAUAAUCUUUCUCUGAAUACAGCGUGUGUUUGCUUUCUUCUGAUUUCCCAACAUUUUGACCUUCUAUCAUUCUAACAUGUAUUGUUUUUAUGAUAUGUAAAAUAUUGAUUAAAACGAUAGGAAAAAUUGUUAUCAGCAGAAGGUCAGUCAUAUAAAAUAACGAAAUCUA